AUGUUUCUCUUUAUUCUAUUUGAAUCACUCCCCAGCAUUUAUGAAAUACCAGGCUGUGAUUCUAGUAAUACAUAUGCAAUUACGCCAGGAGAUCUAUUAACAAAAACAGUUUCUAAGGAUUCUCCAAUAUGUUUUUCAGGAUCAGCGUUAAUAAAGUCUGAUAAACCUUUUCUAGUUACAUAUAGAAUUUUCGUAGAACGCAAUUCUAAAUUCCUUCUAGCAACUAAUGGUACUGGAACACAUUUAUAUUUGUUGACAAAUUUAGAGCCAGAAGAGGAAUUAACUCUUGAUUCAUGCACAGAAAUAAUAAGCUUCGAUGGAAAACCAUUUAUUAACAAUAUAGAAUUAGGUAUGAAACAAUAUAAAUGUUUGCAAGGAAGUUAUGCUUUUGCUUCGAAAUUUUCUUUUAAAUUGACAGCAUUUAAUAGUGUAACAAACACCAAAAUAGGCGUUUAUACGAAACCAUUUAGUGUUAAUGGACCACAAUAUAAAAGUAUUAUUCAAUGCAUUGCACCAUUGGCAACAUGUGAUGUUCAAGCUGUUCCAAUCGGAGAUGCCGAGAAAAGUGAUACUUCUACUACUUAUUCGAUUUUCACAACAAAGAAUUCUUUUGUUUUUAAUCAAAACGUCACUGAUAAAAAUGACAAAUAG